AUGGGAGAAACUGAGAAAAGGGUUCUAACCCACAGGGUCAGAUGUUUUUCCAAGAUCAAGGUGUUUCUUUUGACAUUAAUAUGUGCAUAUGUAUCCAAAGCACUAACAAGAAGUUACAUAAAUUCCAUGAUUCCACAAAUAGAAAGACAAUUUGGUCUCCCCACAUCUGCAGUUGGGAUUGUCAUUGCGGGAUAUCAUAUGGGAUACCUUAUGACGAUUUUACCUGUGAGCUAUUUCGGAAUGAAGCUGCACAGACCUAUCAUGAUUGGUGUCGGUUGUGUGGUUAUGGGCCUUGGGUGUUUCAUGAUGUCACUACCUCAUUUUCUCAUGGGCAAAUAUGAAUAUGAAACAACUAUUUCACCUACAAGCAAAUUGUCAUCAAACAGCUUCUUAUGUGUAGAAAACAGAUCCCUGACCUUAAACUCAACGAAAGAACCAGCAGAGUGUAUGAAAGAAAUUAAAUCACUAAUGUGGAUAUAUGUACUGUUAGGAAAUUUUAUACUUGGAUCUGGUGAAACUUGUGUCAUGCCCUUAGGUAUUUCCUACUUAGAAGAUGCUGUCAAAUCUGAAAACUCUCCCUUAUACAUUGGGCUGUUAAGAACAGGAGUGGCCAUUGGCCCUCUCAUUGGACUUAACUUGGGAUCUGUCUUUGCAAAUGUUUAUGUAGACAUUGAUUCUGUAAAUACAGAUGACCUGACCAUAACUCCCAAAGAUACACGCUGGGUUGGUGCUUGGUGGAUUGGCCUUUUGAUCUGCGCAGGAGUGAAUAUCCUGACCAGCAUCCCCUUUUUCUUCUUUCCAAAGACACCCCCAAAGGAAGGAUUACAGGAUAAUGGGGAUGGAACUGAAAAUACCAAAGAGGAGAAGCACAGAGAAAAGGCCAAAGAGGAAAACCUUGGAAUCACUAAAGAUUUCCUUCCAUUAAUGAAGAGCCUCUUCUGCAAUCCAAUUUAUAUGCUAUUUCUCCUUCUAAGUAUGCCCCAGUUCAGUGCAUUUCUUGGUUUAUUUAUCUUCCUGCCUAAAUACCUGGAACAACAUUAUGGAAGAGCAUCUGCAGAUGCCAUUUUUCUCGUGGGUCUUUUUAUGUUACCUCCAAUAUGUCUUGGAAAUAUAAUUGGUGGUUUGAUUAUGAAGAAGUUCAAGAUUACUGUCAAAAAAGCUGUAUGCAUGGCAUUCUGGCUAUCGCUGUCUGAGUAUCUUCUGUCUUUGUUUAAAUAUAUGAUGACCUGUGAUAAUUUCCCAGUUGCUGGUUUAACUACUUCUUAUGAAGGCCUCCAGCACCCUUUAUAUGUGGAGAAUGAGGUCCUUGCUGACUGCAACACAAGGUGUAGCUGCUUGACAAAAACAUGGGAUCCAGUGUGUGGAGACAAUGCCAUAGCUUACAUGUCAGCCUGUCUUGCAGGCUGUGAGAAGUCUGUUGGAACUGGUAUUAACAUGGUGUUUCAGAAUUGCAGGUGCAUUCAAUCAUCAGGAAACUCAUCUGCAGUCCUUGGGCUGUGUAACAAAGGCCCCAACUGUGAUAACAUGCUGAAGUACUUUAUAAUAUUAUUAGCAAUUGACAGUUUUAUCUUCUCAGUAUCAUCCAUACCUGGGUACAUGGUUCUUUUGAGGUGUAUCAAGUCUGAAGAGAAGUCACUUGGAGUUGGAUUACAUACAUUUUGCACAAGAACAUUUGCUGGCAUUCCAGCAACUAUUUACAUUGGUGCUUUGUUAGAUAGUACCUGCUUAUUUUGGGGAACUCAGAAAUGUGGUGAGAAAGCCUCAUGCAGGAUAUAUGAUAUAAAUAGUUUCAGGCGCAUUUAUUUUGGAUUGCCAGCAGCACUAAGAGGAUCAAGCUAUAUCCUUGCCUUCAUCAUUGUAAGAAUUGCAAGAAAAUUCCAAUUUCCUGAGGACACUGACUCUUCAGAAACUGAACUUGCAGAGAUGAAGCUCAUAGAAAAGGAAGACGAUUGCACAGAUGUGCACAGAAGUCCUAAAGUCCAGAAUGAUGGAGAACUGGAAACUAUGCUAUAA